AUGGCUAGUGAUGAGAGUUUUGUUGUUCUGGUUCACCACAGAGGAUCCAUUAAGAGGAAAACUCGUUCCGGAGUGAAGUUCACAGAUAAGGAUCCUCUCUGUAUUGUCGUGAAUCCAACAACAAGGUAUGAUGACCUUGUUAGAUCUGUGCUGAUGAAACUUGGCCUGGAAGGUGCGAAGCGGGUUAAGAAGUUUUUCUAUCGCAUUCCAGUCACGAUCCUGCACGAUACGGUGAAGUAUGAUUGUCUCAUGAUUGGUAGUGAUGAGGACCUGCAAGUCAUGUUUCUUUGUCGGAGGCAGUUUCCCUCAGGAGGUUCGAACCGGAAUACCACCAAUGUAGCCACGGCAGCUGGUUCCAGUUCCAGGGCUGUGGUGGCUUCUUCCUCCGUCCUAGUGUACGAGCCAGCGGUCCAACUUGUCGCCUCCCCGUCUUUUGCUGUUGAUCUGAAUGACGGCGUAGGCGACGAGGUAGGAUCCUUUGAUAUUCUGCCGAACGCCUUACAGGACGUUCCACCGGUUGGCGUUGGAGACGGAGUCUUGGGUGAUGUAGAGGAGGACGACGUCGAGCUGGAUACGAUUGAGGAUGACAGCGGCGACGAGGUUGGAGCGACUGGGCCUGCAUUGCCGGGCGGUGGUUCUAGCUCUGACACACAACAGUAUCCACCACAUUUUUCCUCGUUGGACCUGGACGCCAUGAGGCAUGAGGGGGUUUUAGGGCACGCUGUUGGAUUUGGAGCUAGAGAUGCGGAAGGCACUGCUGGUCUGACAGAGUUCCAGGUUGGUCAGCAAUUCCAGGAUAAAGAUGAGGCCCUGUUAAGUGUGAAGACUUACAGCAUCCGGCGAGGGGUACAGUACAAGGUGGUGGAGUCUGAUCACCGCCGGUAUGUGGGCAAGUGUUCCGAGUUUGGGAAUGGGUGCACAUGGUUGAUUCGACUGAGUCUCCGAAAGCGCAAGGGCAUUUGGGAGGUCAAACGGUACAAUGGACCUCACACUUGCCUGGCCACAUCCAUCUCCAGUGACCACAGGAGUUUGGAUUAUCAUGUGAUUUCGGCGUUCAUUAUGCCAAUGGUUAGGGCUGACGCAUCCGUGAGCAUAAAGGUGCUCCUGAACGCCACGGCAGCGCACUUUGGUUUUAGGCCGACUUACCGAAGGGUUUGGAUGGCAAAGCAGAAGGCUAUUGCCCUCAUCUACGGUGACUGGGAUGAGUCAUACAACGACAUACCUAGGCACAACGGCAUCAAGGCUGCGCUUGAGGCCCCUAACGGAGGUUGGUUACCGCCAUCUGCGUACCGUGCAUUCUGCAUACGACACGUAGCGGCUAAUUUUGCCCUUACCUUCAAGGGAAAAGACGCUAGGAGGCUUCUAGUGAAUGCGGCGUAUGCGAAAACCGAGGUUGAAUUUGAUUAUUGGUUUGAUAUUCUGUGA